AUGAAGGAGUUUCCUUCUUGUUUUGGAGAAAAUGGUGUGCAGGUUGCAGAUUCAUCUUCAUCUUCAUCCUCUUCAGGUUCCACAAGAGGUGCACAGAAUGUGGUUACAUGUAUCUACCAAUGUAAGUUGAGAGGUCGUUCAUGUUUGAUUACUGUUUCAUGGACAAAGAAUUUGAUGGGCCAAGGGUUGAGUGUUGGAAUUGAGGAAUUGGGGAAUCAUUGUUUGUGUAAGGUUGAUAUAAAGCCAUGGUUGUUUUCAAAGAGAAAAGGGUGUAAGAAUUUGGAAGUUGAGUCUAGUAAAAUUGCUAUACUUUGGGAUUUGAGUUAUGCUAAAUUUGGUUCUGGGCCAGAACCAUUGGAAGGGUACUAUUUAGUUGUUUUGUUUAACAAAAAGAUGGUUUUGCUUUUAGGAGAUCUGAAAAAGGAAGCAUGCAAGAAGAUUGAUUAUGACAACAAUGUUAGUGCUUAUAAUUCUGAUGCGGUUUUUAUUGCUAAGAGAGAACAUGUUUUCGGCAAGAGAUUUUACUCUGCAAAGGCUCAAUUUUGUGACAAGGGUAAGAUCCAUGAUGUGAGAAUUGAGUGUGAUAAUGUUAUUGGGAGUACUGAUGAUCCUUGUCUUGUGAUUAGAAUUGAUAGCAAGAUAGUGAUGCAGGUGAGGCAAUUGAAGUGGAAGUUUCGCGGUAAUCAGACGAUUUUGGUGGAUAGUUUUCCGGUGGAAGUGUUUUGGGAUGUUCAUAAUUGGCUGUUUGGGAAUGUUGCAGGGAAUGCUGUUUUCAUGUUUCAAACUUGUGUUUCUGCUGAGAAAUUGUGGUCUGGUCAAUCUGUUUCUGAUCCUUCUGUUAUGAUGACUUGGGCUUAUUCUCAGCAGUUUAGAGAUUCUCAGUUGCAGGGUCUUGGAUUUUCUCUUAUUUUGUAUGCUUGGAAAAAUGAGUAG